AUGCAAAACAUCCAACAAUUUGCAGAAUGGUUAGCUGCUAUCGGAGAUGAAACAAUUGGAGGACCUAAUGAUGGUUAUGCAAAAGUCCAAAUCCCUAACGAAGUGUUGUUACCAUCUACUGCUAAUGACAUAGCCACAAUAGUUGAUAGUAUAUUUCCGAUGUUCAAGGAAGGUGGUUGUCAAAAGGAAUACAUGGAGAGUCGGGCAAUUCUGGCUCCAACACUAGAUGUGGUAAAUGCAAUCAAUGAAUAUAUGAGUGAUUUGCAUAUUGCUGAGAGCAAGACCUACCUUAGUUGCGACAGCGUGUGUAAAUCUUAUUCAAGCGACGGUAUCCUCUAUGACAUGCACACUUCGGAAUUCCUAAAUUGGUUGAAAACUUCUGGCAUCCCUAACCAUUCUUUAACUUUAAAGGUUGGAUCCCAAGUCAUCUUGUUGAGAAACAUAGAUCACUCAAUGGGACUUUGCAAUGGUACCAGACUCAUCAUUACCAGAUUAUCUGAUCAUGUGGUGGAAGGAAAGAUUGUUACUGCGCACAAUGCCGACAAAAUAGUGUUGAUUCCAAGGAUGUCAAUGACACCUACUGAUACAAGAUUGCCAUUUAAAUUUCAACGAAGACAAUUUCCUUUAAUGUUGUCAUACACAAUGACUAUCAACAAAAGCCAAUGUCAAACUUUGACGCAUGUAGGGUUACUACUAAGGAAACUUGUCUUUGUUCACGGUCAACUUUACGUUGUUGUUUCAAGGAUUAGCAACCCUUUAGUUUUAAGAAUUUUGAUAGCAAAAGAAGGAUAG